CUUCCGGAGGCCGGCACCAUCACGGGCUGGGUUUCACCACCUCUGUCUUCUAGGUCUGCAUCUGCGGUUGCCAGGUAGGCGGAUGUGAGAAGCUCGAUCCUUUUGAUUCUCUAGAGGCCAUCCAGUCGCCGCCGGCACCAUGCUGUCCCCUCAGAGGGCUUUACUCUGCAACCUCAACCACAUCCACCUCCAGCAUGUCUCUCUGGGUCUGCAUUUGUCCCGCCGUCCAGAGCUACGGGAGGGGCCCUUGAGCACAUCCCCUCCCCCAGGAGAUACCGGGGGCAAAGAGAGCCGAGGUCCCUGCAGCGGGACCCUGGUGGACGCCAAUUCCAACAGUCCUGCCGUGCCCUGCCGAUGCUGCCAGGAACACCGGCCAGGCCUAGAAAACCAGCAGGACCCAGCACAGGAGGACGAGGGGGCUACUUCUCCCUCGGACCCCGGCUGCUCCUCCUCUCUCAGCUCUUGUUCAGACCUGAGCCCCGAUGAGUCCCCCAACUCAGUCUACUCGCGAGAACUCCCAGGUGAAGAGGAUGUCCACCCUCAGCCCAGCAUCGUCCCCCUGGAGCAGGGCUCCCCACUGGUUUCCCAGGGCCCGGGUGCCUGCUCUCCAGACAGCUUCUGCUGCUCCCCUGAUUCCUGCUCUGGAGCUUCCUCCCCACCCAGCCCUGGCCUGGACUCCAACUGCAACGCCCUGACCACCUGCCAGGACCAUCCUGCCUCAGGGCUAGAGGAAGAGGAUGUAGGCGGGGAGCAAGAACUCCCGAUUUCAGAGCUGGCAGAGGCAGAUGAUGGGAAAACCGAGGAUGGUAAAACCGAACCCAGUUGGAAAAUCAACCCCAUUUGGAAAAUUGACACCGAGAAAAAGGAAGCUGACUGGAAAAUCACUGAGAACAAUAACUCUGGUUGGAAAACCAAUGGGAAUACUAACUCUAGCUGGAAAACGGAAUCCGGAAAAUUCGACUCCGGCUGGAAAACCAACACAGGAAUAACUGAUUCUGGCUCAAAAACAGAUGCUGGGAGAAUUGAUGGGGAAUGGAGAAGUGACGUCAGCGAGGAGCCAGUGCCCCACCGGACAAUCACAUCCUUCCAUGAGCUGGCCCAGAAGCGCAAGCGGGGCCCGGGGCUGCCCCUGGUGCCGCAGGCCAAGAAAGACCGCAGUGACUGGCUUAUAGUCUUUUCGCCCGACACUGAGCUGCCCCCCACCGGGUCGCUGGGCAACUCGGCCCCGCCUCCCCGGGAAGUCACCACCUUCAAGGAACUCAGGUCCCGAAGCCGGGCCCCGCCUCCACCACUCCCGCCCCGGGACCCCCCAGCUGGCUGGGCCUUGGUCCCGUCCCGGCCCCCACCCCCACCCGUCCCUCCCCGGAGGAAGAAGAACAGGCCUGGGCUGCAGCCUAUAGCCGAAGGGCAGCCCGAGGAGGGCAGGGCGGUCAGCCCAGUGGCCGGCCAGGAGGCUCCAGCCGCGAAGGAACCAGAGGAACCCAGCGCACAGGCCGGCCUGGAGGCCCGUCCCCUUCUGCUCCCUCGGCCGCUUGUUUUCCGGUUCUCGGCCGACGGGCGCCCUCUGUUGGAGGGUGGGGGCGCGGGCGCAGCAGGGUCUCUGCUCCUAGCACCCCUGGCCGGCUGGCCCGGCGCGGGGCUGCGGCUGCUAGGGGCGCGGAGUACCCCAGAGGAGCAGCUGCUGCCUGUCCGCCUGUCCCCGGUGGGAGCCUAUUCGCCUCCAGCCCGGGGGGCCCUGCCCUGCCUGGCCAGCCCUGAGCUGGCACUGCUGCUGUCCCCGCUCUUUCCCAGAAGUAGUACCUUCCCCGCCGCGGCUUCCCCACCCCGCCAGGUACCCGCCCCCCCGCUGCCACCGCCACCUCGUCCGCCGAAGGCCCCUCGCUGGACCAGGAGCCCGCCGCCUCCGCCCAGGCUACUCCGUAGUUCCUGGUCGUUCGCCGGUGUCCCCGGGGCCCAGCGACUGUGGAUGGCAGAAGCCCAGAGUGGGACUGGCCAGCUGCAGGAGCAGAAAAAAGGUCUCCUGAUAGCCGUCAGCGCCUCUGUGGAUAAAAUCAUCUCACACUUUGGGGCUGCUCGAAACUUGGUUCAGAAGGUGAAGGUGCCUGGGGAGGAUAUGGGGGCCCAGUUGGGGGACAGCCGGCUGAGCCCAGAUGUGGGGCACCUGGUGCUGACCACCCUCUGCCCAGCCCUCCAUGCUCUGGUGGCCGAUGGCCUGAAGCCUUUCCGGAAGGACCUCAUCACAGGGCAGCGCAGGAGCAGCCCCUGGAGUGUGGUGGAGGCCUCUGUGAAGCCUGGCUCCGGCACCCGGGGCCUGGCCACCCUGUAUAGCCAGGUCAGCCGCCUGGCCCCUCUGAGCAGCAGCCGGAGCCGCUUCCACGCCUUCGUCCUGGGCCUCCUCAACACUAAGCAGUUGGAACUGUGGUUUUCCAGUCUCCAGGAAGAUGCAGGCCUGCUGUCCCUCCUGUACCUGCCCACCGGCUUCUUCGCCCUGGCCCGCGGCGGCUGCCCCGCCCUGUCUACGGAGCUGCUGCUGCUGCUGCAGCCGCUGUCUGUACUCACCUUCCACCUGGACCUGCUCUUCGAGCACCACCACCACCUGCCCCUGGGCCCGCCUCCGGCCCCCGCCCCGCCAAACUCACCUCCUGCACUGCAGCAGACUGUGCAGGCCAUGCUGCACUGGGGCGGGCGGCUGGCUCAGAGCCUACAGGGGGCUUCCAGGGAGACCGCUCCAGCUCCUUCUGCCCCCUCAAGCUCUCCCACACCGGGCAGCUGGUGGGAGCAGCUGACCCAGGCCUCCCGGGUCUACGCCUCUGGGAGCUCGGAGGGCUUCCCUCUUCCCCGGUGGGGAUGUCGGCGUCCUGGGGCCUCAGCCGAGGGCUCACAGGAGAGGACCCCGCCCGCAGAAGAAGCCAAACCAGGAAGAGGCCCAGACAGAGGCGUGUGGCUGGGGAGACUGUUUGGAGUGCCUGGAGGCCUCACAGAAACUGGGAGUGGAGUCCUGAAGUCCAGGAGACCCUCCAGCUGGCUGUCCCCAACAGUGAAUGUAUUAGCUCUGGUGAAGCGGGGCCCACCUUCUGACACCCCCUCCUUUCCUGAGGAGCUUGAGGCCUCAGCAACUAGUUUGGUGCAGACCCACAGGGCAGUCCAGACGCUCUGUGACCACACGGCUGCAGGACCUGACCAGCUGAGCUUCCGGCGGGGGGAAGUGCUGCGAGUCAUCGCCACUGUGAACGAGGACUGGCUCCGCUGUGGGCGGGAUGGAGUGGAGGGGCUGGUGCCCGUGGGGUACACCUCUCUUGUUCUCUAGGCCUGUGGCCUUUUCCUGCAAAUGCCUCUCCCUGUCAUCUGAGAAAUGGAAUGGCCAGUGAACACUGACCUGUGUAAAUGGUCAGUCCUCCCUAAAGUACCUCCCCUGUGUGCAAAAUGCCACUUGCCCCUCAUCCCAUUUCUGAUAAUAUAUAAAACUUUCCUUUUUCCUGCCCUUGCCCAUCUGUAAGGUGAAAUUUACAAAUAUAUAAAAAGAAAUGUCCCUCGGUGCAAUCUCUUUUCUUUCCCAUCUGCAUAAGGGAAAGUCUCCCUAUCUGCAAAAUGGAAAGUCAGCCCCGCCUCCCCUCUCCACCCGUAAGUGAACUGCCGGUAUACACCUCUGUUCCCAAGACUAGAAGUGCCUCUAGUCUUCUCUGUGUAUGGAAUCUCCCCCACGUUGCCUGUAUUUAUGAUGUACUCAAGCUGUACUAGGUGCUGAUGUCUGGACACCCCUGGUGGGUGGCGUGUGCUACUGGUCUGCCUCCUUCCUCUUUUGACCCAAUAAAGCGUGGGAGUUAAAUAUG